CAGCAGCAACAGCAGCAGCAGCAGCUGGGUCAUUUGGCCAAGAAACGCGAUGAUCUGCAGCUGUUUCUCCUCGGCUCGAGACCGAGUGUGUAUCGGCUGUCGAGGCGCCACUUGCUGCUGACGGCGUUGCUUUGUGGCACAGCGUUGAUUCUGCUCUAUGCCUACGGCGAUGUAGUGAUGCUGACCGCAUUGAGGAUGCGGGAGAAUGGUGGACAGGACAAUCAGGUGACUAACGAACCGCUUGCCACGCAACUGGAGCGUGAAGUGCGUGUCGCCUGCUUUGUCCUGACUACGCCCAAGUAUCACAAGUCUCGGGCGGUGCACAUACAGCGCACGUGGGGCAAACGUUGCAACAAGAUCUACUUUAUGACCUCGCAACCAGAUGACGAGCUCGAGACCAUCAUUCUCACCAAGCCCGACCAGUACGAGGUGCUGUGGGGCAAAACGAAGGAGUCCUUCACCUACCUCUAUGAGCACAAACGCCACGAGUUCGAUUGGUUCAUGAAGGCCGACGACGAUACAUAUGUUUUUGUAGAGAACUUGCGCCAUAUGCUUUAUCCUUAUUCGCCUGAUGAGCCCAUUUAUUUUGGCUUCAACUACAAGCUUUUCAAUGUAGAAGCGAAGAAUGCGAGCUACAUGUCAGGUGGCAGCGGUUAUGUGCUCAGUCGAGAGGCGUUGCGUUUGUUUGUGCAUGGAUUGAAUGACAGCAGCAAGUGCCGGCCAGAGGAUGAUUCUGCCGAGGAUGUGGAGGCCGGAGCUUGUCUCUUUAAAACGAAUGUGACCGCCGGCGAUUCACGCGACGACAAAUUGCGUAAUCGAUUCUAUCCCAUGAUGCCAUAUUCAAGCUUAAUGUCAAAGUACAAUGGAAUGGAUUUCUGGUUUUUUAAAUAUGCCUACUACAAUCCACGUGCAUGUAUGGACUGUCUCUCCGAUUAUCCGGUGGCCUUUCAUUACGUUGAGCCUCGGGAGCUUUAUUCCUUCAAUUAUCUCAGCUAUAUGUUUGAUUUAUUUGGGCGACAGCCCACUGUUGAGCAUCUUCCAGCGAGGAUUCCACUCGGUCAAGUCAUCAUUCCUCCCUCGGACAAUAGAUAACA